AUGCAUAGAACCAUAGGUUUUGUAUCCUUUUUCCUUUCUCUUUUGCUCUUCUCCAGCUUCUCUUUGAGUUUAGGGGACAAGGUGACCGUGUCUGUGAAGGCAGUGACCACCAUUGCCAAAACAGAUGACAGCUUUAUCUGUGCAACCAUAGACUGGUGGCCCAAGGAGAAGUGCAACUAUGACAUGUGCCCUUGGUACAGUUCCUCCAUCCUUAACUUGGAUUUGAACAAUACCAUUCUAUUCAAUGCCAUCAAAGCUUUCAAGGCUCUGAGAAUUAGGCUUGGAGGGUCACUUGAAGACCAAGUGGUGUAUAAGGUAGGGGAAGAACCUGCCACUUGUGAAGACUUCAAGCUUGACAAAAAUGGCCUGUUUGGAUUCUCUGAAGGUUGCCUGAGCAUGUGUAGAUGGGAUGAGCUCAAUGCAUUCUUCAAUAAAACUGGAUCUAUAUUAACAUUUGGACUGAAUGCACUAGCUGGGAGGAAAAAAGCCCCAGAGGGUAACAGCUACGUGGGUGACUGGAACACUACUAAUGCUCGUCAAUUCAUCGAAUACACAGUCUUGAAGAAUUAUAAGGUUGAAUCUUGGGAAUUAGGAAAUGAGCUCUCUGGUCAAGGAGUAUCUGCAAGUGUGGAUCCUAAACAGUAUGGCAGGGAUUUGAUUGCGCUAAAAAAACUUCUCAGUGAUAUAUAUAAAAAUUCUAGCACCGAACCGAAGAUAUUGGCACCUGGUGGUUUUUUUGAUGCACAAUGGUUCGCCGACAUGCUUCAGACAUCAGGAUCUGGUGUUGUUAAUGGUGUUACUCAUCAUAUCUACAACCUCGGUGCAGGUGUUGAUAAAACGCUAAUCUACAAGAUUCAAGAUCCUUACUAUUUGGAUCAGAUAGUACAGACAUAUAGUGAUAUUGAGACCAUCAUCCAGGAUUUUGGCCCAUGGAGUGCUGCUUGGGUUGGAGAAUCAGGUGGUGCUUACAACAGCGGAGGCAAAGAUGUGUCGAAUACUUUCGCAGAUAGUUUCUGGUACUUAGAUCAGCUGGGCAUGGUAACCACAUUUAACCACAAGGUCUUCUGCCGACAAGCUUUGAUUGGAGGAAACUAUGCUCUUCUUAACACCACUACAUUCAUCCCCAACCCAGACUACUAUAGUGCUUUGUUGUGGCAUCGACUAAUGGGACCUGGUGUUCUUCAUACCACUCACAAUGGAUCGCCGUACCUUCGUGCCUAUGCUCAUUGCUCCAAACAAAAGAAUGGAGUUACUCUAUUGCUCAUUAACCUAUCAAACUCAACAUCCUUCGAUGUCUCAGUUGUCAGUGACCUGAACUUGUAUCCACCUAAAAUCGGUCGAUCUUUAGCAUCUGUGCAAGAAAAGGGGCAGAGGGAAGAGUACCAUCUGACUCCUCAAGGUGGCAAUAUCCAAAGUAGAGUUAUGCUUCUUAAUGGACAACCUUUGAAUCUGACAUGCAGUGGAGACAUUCCUGAAAUGUAUCCAUUUAUUGCUGAUGCUGCUGCACCUCUCCACAUUGCUCCUCAGUCGAUUGCCUUUGUCAGCUUCCAGGACUUCAAAUCUCCAGCUUGUGCCAGGAAUUGAUUAGCCUCCUUUUGAUAAGUGCAGAGUUGAAUGAGUUUAACAAAUUUGAUUUUCGCAAUCGAUAACAGACUUUUACAUGUUUGGCUGUCUUUAGUACU